CGACUACACGCGCUGCCACCUGAAGAGUCGGGUAGCCAAGGCAGCGGGCGGCUCAACGCAGUUAUCGCGAGACAGAGCAAGCCUCGCGAGAACUGACUUCCGUCCCUGACAGGCCGACGUUCUUUCCGGGGGAUAUGGGAGGGCUCUGGCGGCCGGGAUGGAGGCGCUUCGUAUUCUGUGGCUGGCGUUGGAGCCACCCUGGGUCCCCGGCUGCGGACAGAGUAGAACCGUUUCUUAGGCCACGGUGGAAGGGGACAGCAGAUGCCGAAUGGAGCGCUUCCACGUCCCUGAGGCGGCUCGGGACGUGGAAGCGCUGCAGCCCUCGAGGUCGGAGCCCGGCUGUGCAGCCGCCGCGGCGGCCGAAGGGCACGAACCCUUUCACUCGCGCGCAGGAGGAGGACUGGCGGCGGCGGAACAAGACGGUCCUCACGUACGUGGCCGCGGCCGCCGUGGGCAUGCUGGGGGCGUCCUAUGCUGCGGUGCCCCUCUAUCGCCUUUAUUGCCAGGCUACUGGACUUGGAGGAUCAGCAGUUGCAGGUCAUUCAUCAGACCAGAUUGAAAACAUGGUGCCUGUUAAAGAUCGAAUAAUUAAAGUUACCUUUAACGCAGAUGUGCAUGCAAGUCUCCAGUGGAAUUUCAGACCUCAGCAAACAGAAAUAUAUGUAGUGCCAGGAGAAACUGCACUGGCGUUUUAUAAAGCCAAGAAUCCUACUGACAAACCAGUAAUUGGGAUUUCUACAUAUAAUGUUGUUCCGUUUGAAGCUGGACAAUAUUUCAAUAAAAUACAGUGCUUCUGUUUUGAAGAACAAAGGCUUAAUCCCCAAGAGGAAGUAGAUAUGCCGGUGUUUUUCUACAUUGACCCUGAAUUUGCUGAAGACCCCAAAAUGGUGAAUGUUGAUCUUAUCACUCUUUCGUAUACUUUUUUUGAAGCAAAAGAAGGAUACAAGUUGCCAGUUCCGGGCUAUAAUUGAUGGUGGCAACUAAGUCUUUUGUGAUUUUUGAAAAAUCAUGUAUCCUGCCUUCUUUGAGAAGAAAUAUUCUACAAUAAUGUGAAGCCUAUUUUAAAUGGUUCUACUUGCUUUAUUUCCCUUAUUUUACCCCCUUAAAAGGAUAACCUGUUAAUUACCUUAAUUACUGUCCUAUAUUCUAAAUAGACAUAAGAGUUUAAUGAGAAUUCAACCAAAUUAUUUAAUAUUAACACUUCAUAUUUAUGGCAAUGAAUUUGAGAAUUUAAAAAAAGUUUAUCUGUUUCAGGUCAUAAGCCAGAACUUCUGACCAUGUCUAUUGUCAUGUCUAAAAUAGUUGGUUGCUAUUUUUCUCAGUGUGAAUGGUCACUAUUUUCAAAGUUCAGAGUAGGAGUCACUAAUCCCUAACAGCUUCCUCAAAGAUUUACAUUCUUAUUUCAAAUUUAACUUUAUUUUUCCUUUAAGAACUACAGCUAUUUUAUAUUCAGAGUUCUUAAUAAUUAUUUAGAAAUUAUGGUAACAUGAAAUUGAAAUAAAAUACAUAUAUACUGAGCUGCUAGCAUUUACUAUCAUAGUCGUAAGCCUCUGAAUGUUAAAAUGUGGGUGGGGGGGGUUUGUGAAGAUUUGCUGACAUCAAAAGUUCUUCUGGGAACAAACUGUGUAAAAAAGAUGUAUUAAAUUAUUUUAAUAGCAA